AUGGCUGAGAUCAAUUGCACCCAAGUGACAGAGUUUAUUCUCCUGGGCCUCGCGGAUCGUCAGGAGUUGAAGAUGCCCCUCUUUGUGGUAUUCUCAUCCAUCUACCUUUUCACAGUAGUAGGCAACCUGGGUUUGAUCCUAGUCAUUAGAACAGAUGCAAGACUCAGCACACCAAUGUACUUUUUCCUUAGCAACCUGGCUUUUGUUGAUUUUUGUUAUGCUUCUGUCAUUACCCCCAAAAUGCUUGGGAAUUUCUUGUACAAACAAAAUAUUAUAUCUUUCAAUGCAUGUGCUACUCAAUUAGGCUGCUUUCUUACCUUCAUGGUAUCAGAGUGCUUGCUACUGGCUUCCAUGGCUUAUGACAGAUACGUGGCCAUUUGUAACCCUCUGCUGUAUAUGGUGACAAUGUCCCCAGGAAUCUGCAUUCUGCUUGUAGCUAUACCCUAUAGCUAUAGCUUCCUGAUGGCAUUGUUUCAUACCACCCUAACCUUCCGUCUCUGCUAUUGCCACUCCAACAUCAUCAAUCAUUUCUAUUGCGAUGACAUGCCUCUGCUCAGACUAACAUGCUCAGACACUCGCUCCAAACAGCUGUGGAUCUUUGCCUGUGCUGGGAUCACAUUCAUUUCCUCUGUUCUGAUUGUCUUUGUCUCCUACUUAUUCAUCAUCUCUGCCAUUUUGAGGAUGCGCUCAGCUGCGGGAAGACGCAAGGCUUUCUCCACAUGUAGCUCCCACAUGCUGGCUGUCACCAUAUUUUAUGGGACCCUGAUCUUUAUGUACUUACAGCCCAGCUCUAACCAUUCUCUUGACACAGAUAAGAUGGCUUCUGUCUUCUAUACAGUGAUUAUCCCCAUGUUGAAUCCCUUGAUCUACAGCCUUCGGAACAAGGAUGUGAAAGAGGCCCUGAAAAAAGCCCUCGUCAAUAGAAACCAGGCAUUUGUGUUCAAGAAACUGAGAAAAUAA